AUGUGGGAAGUGGACUCUGACGUGGGGUCCCACAGUACUUUGUCGGAUGGUCUUCGACGGCGACAAGGAUGGGACCCCGAGGCCGAGAGUCUUGCUUCCCAAAUGGACGAUCUCGACGAAGUACUCGCCGAGGAGGAAGAGGGAUGCCCAUUGCCGUCUACACCUGAAGAUCAACAUCUUUUAGAUGCAGAGAUGGCUGAAGUUUUAAAAGCUGGAGUAUUGUCUGACGAGAUAGAUCUUGGAGCGUUAGCGCACAACGCAGCAGAGCAGGCAGAGGAAUUUGUCCGCAAAGUUUGGGAAGCCUCCUGGAAUGUUUGCCACUUUAGACACUUGCCACGAUGGCUACAAGACAAUGACUACCUCCACAAAGGACACAGACCUCCAUUACCUUCUUUCAGCGCGUGCUUUGCAUCUAUAUUCCGCAUUCACACUGAAACUGGCAACAUCUGGACCCAUCUUCUGGGGUGUGUAGCUUUCAUUGGUGUUGCUAUAUAUUUUCUUACGCGUCCUUCCAUAGAAAUACAGACGCAAGAGAAAAUGAUCUUUGGAGUGUUCUUUAUUGGUGCUAUUGUGUGCUUGGGCUUUUCAUUUGCGUAUCACACACUUUACUGCCACUCUGAGAUGGUCGGCAAAUUGUUUUCUAAGUUGGAUUACUGCGGUAUAGCCCUGUUGAUUAUGGGUUCAUUUGUUCCUUGGCUGUACUAUAGCUUCUACUGCCAUUAUAGACCAAAAAUAAUAUACUUAUCUGUGGUGAUUGUCUUAGGAAUAUUGUCAAUUAUUGUGUCUUUAUGGGAUAGAUUUUCUGAACCACGCUUGAGACCUCUUCGUGCAGGUGUGUUUAUGGGAUUUGGCCUUUCAGGCAUUGUGCCUGCAAUACACUAUGGAAUAACAGAGGGUUGGUUCAGCCAAGUUAGCAAAGCAUCACUAGGAUGGCUUGUUCUUAUGGGCUUACUUUACAUUUUAGGGGCAAUGUUUUAUGCUCUAAGAGUUCCUGAACGUUGGUUCCCUGGGAAAUGUGACAUCUGGUUCCAAUCCCACCAAAUUUUCCAUGUGCUUGUCAUUGUGGCAGCAUUUGUUCAUUAUCAUGGUAUUAGUGAACUUGCCUCAUACCGUGUGACAGUUGGCGAAUGUUCAAUGCCUCCAUCAUCAAUUGCAUUCUAG